GAGUAUUAGGCUCGGCGUGCGCGCGCCAGGACGUUUUGGCGUGUAAAUAACGUCUCCGGGGCACGUUUAACCUCGUUUGCAAUUCGCUGGGUUCGCGACACUGGUUUUCGCAUUUAGAUCAUGUUGAAAUUCAAAAAGAUGGGUACAGACAAAGUGCCGUUGUUGCUGGUUACUGCUAACGUGGGUUCCAUAUUCGAAGACCCCUCAGUAAUGCUGCCAAUUUGGACGUCAGAGUUUCUUCAAGCCGUUUCGCGCAUGGACCCGAAGUUUAUAGCCUUACAUCUGCAAGAAGUCGGCGGGAAGGCAUACGAGAAAUCAAUGCAAUACGUCAAGGAUUUUGUUCAGAGGCUCUGCGAUUGCCCUGAAUUGAGAUUGUAUGACAAGAUUAGGAUCUUUUUGGACGAAGAUUUCAGUUCACCGGAAAAAUUUACGGCCCUAGGCAAUAUGUACUUCGCACACGCUUCACUCACUGACCUCAAAAUCUGGGAUUGGGACCUCAAAGCGUAUGUGGAGGUUUCAGGCAAGGAGGUACACAGCGGCAACAUUGAGAAAGUAACUACUAAAGAAAAGGCCAAGUUUCCGCAGCAUUUCUUUCCGGAAUGCAAAUGGUCCCGCAAGGGUUUCCUGCGCACACGCUGGAUGAUCCGGGGCACGUGCGUUGAGUUCGUCAACAUUCAUCUAUUCCACGACGCCUCCAACCUUCUCGCAUUGGAGCCUUUUCCUUCUGUGUACUGCCGCAGCCGGCGACGUGCGUUACGUCACACUCUACGCCAUCUCCAUUCUGACGUCAACGCCGCGCCGUACUUCAUCUUCGGGGACUUCAACUUUCGAACAGAUACCGGCGGAGUUGUCAAGAAAAUAACUGAAGAGCUGACAGCAUGCCGACUGCAGAAUGGCGCUAACGUCGAGUCUUCGAAGCUCGUGUUCAGAGCGAGAGAGGACGAUCGGCUCGUGCUCACCAUUGGCAAGAAGGAGUUCUCGCAUGCUGAACAUCAGAAGAUAUUCCGGGAGCCUUGGCUGCAACGCUUCGAUCGCGAACUAGAAGCGCUGCGAACUCACUUAUGGGAGUUCCCCGUCAAGUUCCCUCCAUCAUACCCCUAUGAGGAGGAUGUCGCUGCGCCUACCCACUACAUGCGAACAAGGUGCCCAGGAUGGUGUGAUAGAAUCCUACUGUCGCAGUCGGCGCGAUUACUCGUUCAAAAUCAGGACCCCAUUCGGACCGGCGAAAACAAACAUCUGCAUAAUUCCAGAAAAUCGAUGACGGAUUCAACAGACAGCAGUGGUCGAGUAUCUUCUUCAGACAGCAGCCCCGCGCGGUCAGGGUCGCCCGCAAGACAGAACCAUCAGUCGAGCCCUGGGAAGACGCUCGAGAAGAAAAGCAGUGUAGCUGAUCUCGAUGCUCUGUCCGUACCCGGCAUCAACGUCGCCAGAAAGAGCAUUGCUGAUCCGACGAGCGUCCAGCAAGCUAUUAAUGCCAGAGUAACGGAAUCGGAGGGCUCCCCCGUCCGUCGAAAGCUGGUCCGCAACCAAUCGGAGGGCUCGCCUUCCCCAGGGGACGGCGUGUCAGCUGAGUUGAGGCGGCUUGUGGACGCGCCGGCGCGACGUAGGGCCGAGUACGGCCUCAUGGGGCCCAGCACCUGCAUGGGGGACCACAAGCCGAUCUACCUCCGCGUGAUGCUGCAAUGCGACAGAGGGAAUCUUCGUCAAGAAUAUCACCAAGAAACUUCUCCAAAACACUCAAAAACUGAAGAACACGAGUCCCACACGGAGUCAGUUGCUGGAUCACCCACAUCUCGCUACAUUCAUUUCAAUUUGGACAGUCCUAACAGCUUGUUUAAGGAAACUGAUAUAUAAAAUUUUGGUUGGCGCUCGCUCUUCAGCACCGCGUCCAUAGAUCAACACUCAUCGGUACCGCGUCCAUAUUAAGGGUGUGUUGUGUUAUGUAUGUAAGGAAUAUUAGCAUAUUUCAGCAUCAAGCGUGCUGAUAAUACCGUAUAUAAAACACACGUUUAUUGUGAUCGUGCGUGCUGACAAGUGCGACCCAACUCUUAAUACGUAACUACUUAUAACAUAGUAAGAAUACUCUAGUGUUGCUUUUUUGACAUUCCAUGAGGUUUAUUAACUAUCUAUUUUAUCUGUGUAUAGUGAUUGUGUUAAAUAUUUAUAUUUCAUAUAGACUGUAGAGAUUACCUUGAUAUGGCGGUAGAUAACGUCAUUUUAUUUAGAAAUAGCCAAACAUACAUGCAGAGGAAUAAGUUUAGUACUCAUCGUCAUCAUCUCAGCCCGUUGACACCCACUGCUGGGUAUAGGCCUCCUCUUUUGUCAGCUCAAUCUCAUCCACAAUCUUCCGGCCACCCCGACGAUAUCGUCCGACCAUCUAGCCUAGGUCAGCCUCGAGGAUGUCUCGCUCCUACCGGGUAUACCACUCAGUGACCGCCUUGGUCAUCGGUCGUCGUCCCGCCAAGCAACGUUCUGCCCAUUUCCAAUUUAGACUGGCGAUCCGCAUACUGACGUCUACGACCCUUGUUAGCUGUCGUAUCUCCACAUUAGGUAUACGGUCGACAAGGGAAAUGCCGAGCGUGGUGCGCGCCAUUGCACUUUGUGCUAGUCUGAUUUUGUGCAUAUAUUCCUCUGUGACCGGCAAUGUCUCUGCACCGUAAGUAAGUAUGGUCAGGACGAAAUGGUUAUAAACUUUAGUUUCCAGGUUUUCCAAAGUACUAAAACCGAGAAAUUCAAUAAUAUAUUUGGUAGUACAAUAAUCGAUGUAAAGUGCCAUUUUCCACUAAGAGACUACCACCACCGCGAGCGACCGCAGUUGCAGCGGUUAGUCUUAACUCCUAGUCGCGGCCACGUCAUGCUACAUGACUUACAUGAAUUAAUUUGAAUAAAUAGAAAUCGCGCGCGGCCUAUCACCCACGUCUAACCACUUAGUGAAAAAUGCGUGUUAAAAUAAUACUAAGGAGCCUGAUUCACCGGGUCUAGCGCAUUUUCUAAACUUAAGCAAUCGGCGGUUGACUCUACAGUCAAUAGGCAAUCGGACAAAAACCAUAAAAAAAUCUAAAACGUAGUUACAAAGAAUUUUGUAUAAUAAAAACGAUAAUUCAAUCAAUAAACUAAAUCUGAAUACCGUAAUAUUUUUAAUCUGUUAUGCACAUACUAAACACAACGUGACGUCAUAUGUAGUUAAGCAAAGAAACGGCACCGUAAUCACCGUUCGCGGUAAUCUUACGUUUUUUCUUCGUUUAAUAAUUUUUUUUACUAAAAACUGCAAAUUUUAGAUUGAAGAUUGAUUUGGAUUCUAAAAUCCC